UUGCUCGUGCCUGUCUCCCUGGCUGCCCCUAGCGGACUCGACACCCGUGCUUGUGACUACACUUGCGGUAGCACCUGCUACUCAAGCAGUGCCGCCAACUCCGCCAAAGAAGGAGGUUACGAGCUCUACUCCGAAGGCGAAACCGCUGGCAGCAAUGACUACCCCCACGAAUACCACGACUAUGAGGGCUUCGACUUUCCCGUCUCCGGCACUUAUUAUGAGUUCCCUAUCCUGAGCUCAGGGAAGGUCUACAGUGGCGGUUCGCCUGGCGCGGACCGUGUGGUGUUCAACAGCGAUGGCGAGCUGGCUGGUCUCAUCACUCAUAACGGAGCUAGUGGCAACAACUUCGUCCAGUGUACUUAG